UAGAAGAGGCACGCAAGAAUUAUCCCUGAAGAGUCGAAACGGAGAAGAAUGGGGAAAAGAGAAGACAUCAAGGAGGAUGGGCACCAAGUUGGUAGGUUGGUCUGGUUGCCGACCCCCACCCUGUAUAUAAGCCUUCUUCUGCCGGCUUCGUCUUCAGUCUUUCGGUUCGAACGGCACACUGCGUGUACAAUCCGAAGAGAUCAUCAUCUGUUCGAAACUUGCGAUUCGUUUGGGACAAUGGCUUGUUAACGGAGCCAACGCGCCAGGAUGCUCGGCCGUUUGCGCGCCGCUUUCUUCAGCCUGGUGAUUGCCACAUCGCUGUUGCAAUGCACUCAGCAGCAAGGAAGCAGGCAGAACAGAGAAGUGGUACUGAACAUCAGUGAUGAUCAAAAAACUCAAUACUUGAACCAAGACUUCUACUCAAAUGCAUAUAAUUAUGGUUACGAAAUCAGCCCGAGUGGACAGUUUCAUCACGAAGUACGUGGGCCAGAUGACAUAACAUAUGGAUGCUACGGGUACAUAGAUCCAUAUGGAAAAUUGAAAACAACGUUCUACAUAAGUGACGGGUGGGGAUACCGUGUGGUACAACCCGGCAAUGCAGUUGAAUUAUUCCAUCACGAGCAUGAACAUCAUCACGAUGAUUCGAAUCAUGAAGACCAUGGCGAUCAUGAUCAUCACGAUCAUCAUGGUGUAAUUACGGAAUGGAGGGACUUGUUUUUCCCUGAAAUUUGCAGACACUUUGAUGGCACAGGUAGCGGACCAGUUAAACCGCCUGGCGGUCCGGGCACGGAUGGUUCAAGCAUUGGAGCAACACCGGUACGACCAGGACAACCUCAAUAUCCACAACCACCAGAUUACCCUGCACAACCCGGAUAUCCAGGAUAUCCAGGAACGCCUGGAAUACCGGGAACACCAGGCACACCUGGAGCACCAGCCAAACCGGGAACACCACCGCAACCGGCAUAUCCUGGCACACCUGGAACAUCAGGAAUACCGGGUAUACCAGGAACACCAGGUACGCCAGGCACAUCACCACAACCUGGAUACCCAGGAACACCCGGAACACCUGGACACCCUGGAACACCUGGAACACCAGGGACACCAGGAAAUCCACCGCAACCUGGGCAUCCUGGAACACCUGGAAUUCCGGGAAUACCUGGAACACCAGGAACGCCACCACAGCCCGGACAUCCUGGAACACCGGGACAUCCAGGUACGCCAGGAACACCAGGCACUCCAGGAACGCCAGGAUUCCCACCAACACCGGGACAUCCAGGUACACCCGGAACUUCAGGCACACCAGGAAUUCCAGGAUUUCCACCGAAACCUGGACGUCCAGGAACACCAGGACAUCCAGGUACGCCAGGCACACCAGGCACACCAGAAACGCCAGGAAUUCCGCCGAGACCUGGACACCCUGGUACACCCGGCACCCCAGGAACACCAGGAACGCCAGGAUUCCCACCAACACCUGGACAUCCAGGUACACCCGGAACCCCAGGAACACCAGGAACGCCAGGAUUCCCACCAACACCUGGACAUCCAGGUACACCCGGAACUCCAGGCACACCAGGAACGCCAGGACUACCACCAACACCAGGACAUCCAGGUGCGUCAGGCACUCCAGGCACACCAGGCGCACCGGGAACGCCCGGAAUUCCACCGAGACCUGGACACCCUGGUACGCCAGGCACACCAGGCACACCAGGAACGCCAGGAAUUCCAUCGAGACCUGGACACCCUGGUACACCCGGAUCUCCGGGAUUUCCACCGAAAGGAUUUCCACCGAAACCUGGGCACCCUGGUACACCCGGAACCCCAGGAACGCCAGGAUUUCCACCAACACCUGGACACCCUGGUACACCCGGAACCCCAGGCACACCAGGAACGCCAGGAAUUCCAUCGAGACCUGGACACCCUGGUACACCCGGAUCUCCGGGAUUUCCACCGAAACCUGGGCACUCUGGUACACCCGGAACCCCAGGUACACCAGGAACACCAGGAAUUCCAUCGAGACCUGGACACUCUGGUACACCAGGCACACCGGGAACUCCAGGUUUCCCACCGACACCUGGACACCCUGGUACACCAGGCAUUCCAGGAACUCCAGGUUACCCUCCGACACCUGGGCACCCUGGUACACCACCACAGCCAGGACAUCCUGGAACUCCGGGUCAUCCAGGUACGCCAGGCACACCAGGAACGCCAGGAACUCCAGGAUUUCCACCGAAACCGGGACAUCCAGGAACACCGGGACAUCCAGGUACACCGGGAACUCCAGGUUUUCCACCACAACCUGGACACCCAGGAACACCAGGAAGACCACCACAGCCAGGUCAUCCUGGAAUUCCAGGCACACCGGGCACGCCGGGAACGCCACCGCAACCAGGACAUCCAGGAACACCAGGAAUCCCAUCACAACCCGGACAUCCUGGAACACCGCCACAACCUGGUCAUCCCGGAAUACCUGGAACUCCAGGAUACCCCGGAUACCCUGGAACACCGGGAGCACCGGGAACGCCACCACAACCCGGACAUCCAGGAACUCCAGAUACCCCAGGAAUUCCACCAAGGCCUGGGCACCCUGGUAUUCCUGGAACGCCGGGUACGCCAGGCACACCUGGUAUACCCGGUACCCCUGGAAUCCCACCACGACCUGGACAUCCAGGAAUGCCUGGCACUCCAGGUACACCCGGUACACCUGGCACACCGGGUGUACCAGGUACCCCUGGAAUUCCUCCACGACCAGUACAUCCUGGUAUGCCAGGAACACCUGGAACUCCUGGCAUUCCAGGCACCCCAGGUACACCAGGAAUACCACCACGACCCGGUCAUCCCGGAAAACCAGGAAAACCCCCACACCCUGGACACCCCGGAAUACCUGGAACACCUGGCAUACCAGGCACACCGGGAACUCCUGGAUUUCCACCACAACCGGGCCAUCCUGGAAUACCAGGUAGUCCAGGAUACCCUGGAUAUCCUGGAACACCGGGUACACCCGGAGCGCCAUCGCAACCCAGUCAUCCUGGAACACCGGGAACGCCUGCGUAUCCCGGACACCCUGGUACACCAGGCGUACCAACACAACCUGGAUAUCCAGGAACAUCACCACAACCCGGACAUCCUGGAAUACCUGGAACUCCAGGCACUCCAGGAAUACCAGGUACACCGGGAACACCACCGCAAGCUGGACAUCCUGGUACACCAGGAAUUCCCGGACACCCUGUAUAUCCCGGUUAUCCUGGUGCACCAGGAACGCCGCCUCAACCCGGAUUUCCUGGCACUCCCGGUAUACCUGGAGCACCUGGGCAUCCCGGAGCACCAUCACAACCUGGAUAUCCUGGCCAUCCUGCAUACCCUGGAAGUCCCGAAGGGCCUGGUACCCCUGGAACGCCAUCACAACCUGGAUACCCUGGAUACCCCGGUUACCCUGGCACACCUGGUACUCCUGGUGUACCUGGAAAGCCUGGAAGACCCGGCAAGCCUGGUAAACCUGGCAAACCCGGCAAACCUGGCCAUCCUGGUACUGUGCAUCCGACUCCACCGUACCCGGGUGAAGGUAGUACGGAAACGGUCCCUGGAAGUCCUUCAUAUCCCCCUUAUCCUGGUUCCCCUGCUGAGCCAGUAACUCCGUCCUAUCCGCCGUACCCCGGACAUCCUGGUCCUGUUGGACCACCUGCUUCUCCCGGAACGCCUGGCAUACCCGGACACCCAGGUAGACCAGGAAAGCCUGGUAAACCUGGCCACCCAUCCCAUCCAGAAUAUCCUGGUAGUCCUGGAAUACCUGGCACACCUGGAUAUCCUGGAAGUCCCGGUGUACCUGGUUCCCCCGGAAUUCCUGGAAAACCUGGAAAACCCGGUAAACCUGGAAAGCCUGGAACACCACCUGUUCCAUCGCAUCCUGGCCAUCCUGGAGUUCCUGGUCAUCCUGGAACUCCAGGUACUCCUGGAACUCCUCCCACACCGCCCCACCCUGGUACUCCGGGUACACCAGGCAUUCCCGGUAUACCUGGAACACCAGGCACACCAGGAACGCCGCCAAUUCCACCAUACCCUGGUACCCCCGGUACCCCUGGUAUACCAGGGCAUCCUGGCACACCUGGCACUCCUGGAACUCCGCCAGUACCUCCAUAUCCGGGCACUCCAGGGCAUCCUGGAAUUCCUGGUCAUCCUGGAACACCAGGUACUCCUGGAACUCCCCCCAUACCGCCCCCUCCUGGUACACCAGGCACACCCGGCAUUCCCGGUAUACCUGGAACACCAGGCACACCCGGAACGCCGCCAAUUCCACCAUACCCUGGUACCCCAGGCACUCCUGGCACCCCUGGACAUCCCGGAACCCCUGGAAUUCCUGGAACGCCGCCGAUACCCCCAUAUCCUGGCACUCCUCCUGGUCAUCCGGGAACUCCAGGUACUCCUGGAACUCCACCAAUUCCACCAUAUCCUGGUACCCCAGGCACUCCUGGCACCCCCGGACAUCCCGGAACCCCUGGAAUUCCUGGAACGCCGCCGAUACCCCCAUAUCCUGGCACUCCUGGAACUCCUGGUCACCCUGGAACCCCCGGUACUCCUGGAACUCCUGGUCACCCUGGAACCCCAGGUACUCCGCCGAUACCGCCUCGCCCUGGUACUCCGGGCACACCAGGCAUUCCCGGUAUACCUGGAACACCAGGUACCCCCGGAACGCCGCCAAUACCGCCAUAUCCUGGUGCCCCAGGAACUCCCGGACAUCCUGGAACACCUGGUAUUCCCGGACGUCCAGGCAUUCCUCCUACUCCACCACAUCCAGGAACUCCUGGUCAACCAGGUAAACCUGGUCAUCCUGGUACUCCAGGCUAUCCGGGUUUCCCUGGAACGUCACAACCAGGUCAUCCUCCGUAUCCAGGAUAUCCACCGUACCCUGAAGGUCCAAUAGGAGGUGUUGGUCCCGAUGGUCCCAACGGUCCAUGGCCGAAUGGCCCAGAUGGUCCCGCAGGUCCAGGAGGUCCUGAAGGACCUGGAGGUCCCGGAGGUCCUGUUGGUGGUGUCGGAGGGGUUGGAGGUGUAGGCGGCGAUGGAGGCGUUGGACCUGAUGGGCCAGACGGUCCGUGGCCAACUGGGUCUCCUGGUCCUGACGGACCAUGGCCAGGCGAUCCAGAUUAUGUCCCUGGAGUAAAGCCUACAUCUCGACCUCGACAUGAAGGGCCUGUCAAAGUAGAAUACCCUCUAAAAUAUUACGAACCUACUACACCAGCUACCGAACACUUCGACCAACCAUUUUACGGAAGCUACGGCCAAAAGCAAACAGAUCGACUAACUUCACACUCCAAAAUUGCGUCAGAAUUUACCAAGAACGAAUCGUUGGAUGAGACUUACGAGAAGAACGUCGAGCCCACAGCUCCAGUGUAUCCAACUAAAAUAAGCAGCCCGUUCGGUGUGAAGGAUACGCGAUUCCAAGAUCAAUACAGAAAAUUCGGUUACCAUUCGGGUCAAGUAAAUCAAAACGCGGACGAAGUUAACUCUUUGUUGGAAACGCAGCGGAAGGAGGCCCAGAAGUAUUCCGGUCAAGAGAACAAAAGCAACGUCGACGGUGUGAAGAAAGUCUUUCCCGCGGAAAAACCUCAAGGCCCCUACAACGCAAAAUACUUCGGUCAAGAGAAAUACCAGGAAACUUCCCGUGAGGAUCGCAAGUACACUCAACAGGUUACUAAAGUGAGUCAACCUAUUCGAUAUAAUCCGAUCGUUCAGGUAGAGACAAACAAGUCCGCAUAUGAAGGCACCGGUGGUCAUCCAAAUGUAAAGUAUCAAUCAUCAAAUGGGGGCAAUGCGGCACUGAUUAAACAGGUAAACGAAUUAUCCGAGCCGAUUGAGCAAAAUCCCGGGUUCGGUGCAAUAGGAGUUCAUCCUCCGACCAAUGCAAAGCCCUAUCAGCAAUCAGUAGGGCCAGACCCGCAAACCUGUCCUUGUUACCUUCUCGAUACAGCCAAUGGUACUAUGAGCACCACAAGCACGACAUCCAUUCCCCUCAUUGGUCAGCUUGGCUUUAUUCCCGUGGUAUUCGUACCAUACUGUCCGGGUGUUGACGAAACGGACAGUCAAAACAUGAAAGACAUGUUCCCCUCCGCAAUGCCUAUACCGUACGCGUGCGACGCAUGCAAUUCGCAAAGCGGAAAGCUCGAAAUGAAGCUUCUUAGCCUGAAUCAGCUUGGCAGCGUAGAGACUUUGAAGGAGGCGUUGCGGCAAGCGAAACUUGGAUUUUUGAAUGUUUCAGUUCGGGAUCGAACCGACAGGCGAAGAUCGAAGAGUCGGAACGUCAAAUGAAGAGUGCGAUUGUAAUACGCGGACUUCAGGUCGACCCACAAAAAUUUCUCGACCACGCGGAAACGCGUAAACGCGAGAACAUGCCCGUC